AUGAGCCAGACAGCUGAGGACCUGCUGAUCAUCUACGAGACCGAGGCGCAGCAAUGGGCCACCUACCUGUGCUCGCUUUUCACCGGUUCCGUCUCGGAGGCCGGGAUCUGCUGCUACGACAUCGCCACGGCGUCCAGCCGCAGGGACGACUUCCUCCGGCUGUCCCGCUACACCUGCAAGCUGCUGAUCCUCUCCAAAGGCAUGCUGGAGAGCCUGUGCCAGAUGAGGCGCUUCUUCCUGGCCCGGGUGCUGAGCCCGGCGGCCCAUGUGGUGGUGCUGCUGUGCGGGGUGGACACUCUGAGCCCUCUGCUGGAGCUGGUGCCCCUGAACGGUGAUGAGUGCCUGCAGAUCUCCAGCGAGCAGGACGCUCCGGAGUACCUGUCGGCCGUCACCGACAUCGUGAGGAAAGCCUCAGCAGCGAAUGCCGGCCCCUUGACACACAAACCAUCAGGAUCAGAGCAGAAGGCGGAACAAACUCAGCCUACUGGAACUGACAGCGCCAGAUCCAGCGUAAUGGUCAUUCCUCCCAGAGUUCCCUGCGGGAGCUCCGCCGAGGUGUUCAUUCUGUUGAGGAAUGAGGCGGCCAGCAGCGACGCCGAGGUCGAGUUCAGCGGCGAAAACCAGAUGCUGAGACUGAAGCCCGUCCAGUGGAACGAGCGAAUCCUGUGUGUCAGGGCACCAGAUUUUCCUGCGGGGAACGUCAACGUGACCGUCUUUAGCGGCGGCGUGGCUCUGAGCGAGACGCAGUUGCAGUACUACAGCAGCCUGGAGGAGAUCACCUGCCUCCUGUCGAGGGUAGCCGACCCCGUAGGCUUCAUGUGUGAGGCUCUUCAGGUGUCCUCUUUGGACAAGCUGGAUCAGAAGCUGGCCUCCAUGCUGUUGGAGGGGAUGCCCACCGGAGGCUUUCAGGGGCUGCAGAGUGACAACACACCUGAAAGAGAGCUCCGCCAUGCAGACGUCCCCUCGCUGCUUCACUUCGCCGCUCAGUACGGAUUCAGAAGCGUCUCCGGCCUCCUUCUGCAGUGUCCGGGCGCUGACCGAGCGCUGCGCACCGCCAAUCGCCACGGACAGACUCCCACCGAGAUUGCCAAGAGUCACGGCCACACGGAGCUCAACGUCUUAUUGAAAGAGACGCUGAAUAUGUUGAACCCAAACGAGGACAAUGGUGACUCCAGUGUCUACGAAAUGAUGUGCAAUGCAGACGUACAGAAAGAGGACAAAGAGGGGGAGGAUGAGGAUCUGUACGCACCGCUGGGGAUGAGUGACGAAUAUGACACCUUCCUCAACUCCACAAAAGCGGUGCUCAUCGCCAAUCGCCCACCGGCGCCCACGCCCCGGCCCGAGAGCACCCAGGUGAAGGAGAGCAGAACCCCGUACAUCGCUCAAGUGUUCCAGAUGAAGGCUUCACAAAGCGAUGCUGAUCUCUACUCACUUCCCACUAAACAAGAUCUGUUGCUCUUUGCAGCACGCGGCCGAGAAGACAGAAGAACCUCCACCUACGACACCUUUGAGCCAAACCAGACAGUUCAGCAGCUCCCUGAGCAGAGGGUGAAGUCAGGUCUACUCACCGUGGACGACGCUGCUGAGAGGGCCGUGGACGGCAGGCAGCAGGAGAAGCCGAGUCAUCCGAGAGCCAGCGUCGUCAACAACGGAGAGGAGGAUGACAGUGUGUAUGAUAAAAUCAACGUCGUUCAUCACCCGCCAAGUGUCACGGUGAAUGAAAGUCGAAGAGCAAGCCAACCAGCGGAGUCGGAUUUUUACAGCAAGCCGCUAAAAGGACAGCAGUCAAAUUUCUUUCGGAAAGCCGACAAACGGUGAAGGCUCCGUCACUCAACAAAGAUCCUAUUACUUCACCAAAUGUACCACAUCUAAUCUGUUUUAAUACGAAAUGUGUGUGUUUUCAACUUGUAUUAUCUUUGUUUUGUUUCUCAGCCCAUUAAGAAGUGAAGUGAUGGUUAUUAUGUUCUCCUUUUUAAAGCACAUUCUCAUUUAAAGAAAGUAUACGAACGCAAAUGCAGUUUUUUAGUAUCUUCUAAUCUAGUAAAACGUCUACUUCUACUACUAAACCACCCAAUAAAGGUUCUUUUUCUAAUACCUGCACAUAAGUUUUCAAUAUUUGCAGCUAUUUUGAAGUAAACCACCUGAGCAGGAUACAAUCUAUCUGAUUUUAAACGGUAAGAUUGAUUGAUUUCCAUGUGCCAACGCUCCAGGGAAAAUUUCCCCAGAACUUUCCCCCUCAAGAGGGCGCCAUAUCUCUAAACAUGUCCGCCGCGCCGCUCAGUCUGAAGCCACGGAGACAUCUGGUGAGCACAGAAGCACCUGCUGACCUCCUGUUGGCUGCGAGGCGAGCAGUGGAAAAAAACUGUAUCCAUACAUGCUGGAGAAUGUAAACGGAAAGUAAAAACACUCACACGCAGAAGGUGAGAACAUCGGCGGUCGCAAACAGGAAGCACGUGUUCGGUCACAGAUCAGCCGAGGAACGUCAGGAUUAACCUGCAGAUGAAGCACCGUGGGAGGAAGUCUGUAUAAGUCUGCUCACUGGGACGAGGAGAAAUGUGGGU